AACAUCGCACUCCAACUUAUCCAACUCAUGAUGGAAACAAAUAAGGCUGACGUGCAGUGACAGGUGAGCUAAACGGGCCGAUUCCCAGGCUGUAUCUUCUGAGCGGUCCAAAUCAUAACCUUCGGUCGUGUCUAUGGGGUAGGUGCAGCUCAUGCUACGGGAAGGAGCGUUCCUUCCUCUCGGAUCUGACCAUACCAAUACCUCCAUCACUCACCAUCCCACACCAGAAAACAGACCAAAAAAUGCCAUCGUCGUCAUCAAUUCAGUCUUAUUUCUCUCCCUCGCCGACCAAGAACAGCGAUGGCUUCACUGCCGAAGAAGUGCAGUCAACACUCUUUCCUGUAAAUGCCUCACCGCCGAAUGCGUGGACUCCUACACUCGACUACGAUGAAGCCGACUUGGGUUCCCUUGAGCCUGGGCCCCGCAACCUCACGCUCAUGGGCCGAGUAGUAAACUUGUACGACACGGCGAGGCCUAGCAAAUCCCACAAAGCAGCCCAAGGAUGCCUCAAGAUCAUGCUCGCCGACGACACGGGCGUGCUCACAGUUCGGCUCUGGUACGCGAAUACACAGUAUACGGUGAGACUGGGACAGCUGGUGACGCUGUGGACGGUGCACAUCUCCAACUCAUCGGACCACAAUUCGUUGGCGCCUAGCUCUGCAUCGCUGUUUACGAGUAUCUUCCCAGAGGGAGAAAGGAACUGUCACUUCAUGGUGCAUGAGCAUAGUGAUGAUGGGACGCAGUUCAAGAGGCCGUUUAACUGUCGGGACUCGAAAACACUGCCUGGAUUGAUGACGCUGAAGAGUUUCGCCGAUGGAGGCUACGAUGUCGAAGAGCCAAAGCUGCUCGUCUGUGUGAAGAGCAUUGGGGCGAGGAAGAGGUAUAUAAACCGCAACGACACAACCUCCGAACUCAUCUACAUUGGCAUCUUUGACGACACAGCCGACGCCUCACUGACUCUCUACGGCGGCCUGUGCGACUCGGCAUCUUCCUUCCAGCCCUCCAAAACGGUGCUACUCAUCUCCAGUCCUGGCUGGCGUAUCGAAAAGACAGCGAAACUCACCCUGAAUGGCAAUUCGCGCGUCGAUAUCGACCCGGACAUGGGCGAUGCGCGACGUCUCCGCGCGUUAGCACUGCGUCUCACGAAGAAAGAGCACGUCAACCCCCCGUUCCCGGACGUCGAUGUAUCUGGAUACGAAGAAGCGGCAGUGAGAGCGCUGUAUACGCUGGCGGAUGUAGAUGACUUUGCGCGCUCGAAUCCGCAGGAGAAGCUCAUCGGCUAUCUCUCUGUGAUCAUGACUGGACUCAACGUCGUCACGCCGUUCAAGCGCAACAUGCUCAUGAGCAACGAGUGCUGCGGGAUUCCCAUUUUCGCUAAUGCAGUGACGGCACCAUGUAAGCAGUGUGGACGGCCUGUGGCGCUGCGUGUUAAUCCACGGAUUCUCAACUCCAUCAUCGACGAAACGGGCCAAAUCGGCAGCGGCAAACUCAUCUUCUCCGAUGCCGCCUGGGAGCAACUCCUCGGCCGCUCAGCCGCGCAACUCGUCGUGACUGACGUGGAGAAACUGCGCUAUCUAGAGCAGCGCCUCCUUUUCCUGCGCGUGACGCUGGGUUUUGCGCUGAGUCUGGACGAUGGGUUGGGGAGGCUGGCGGUGUGGAGUGUUGGGAACUGAAGUGAACUCUAACCUAACGAAGGGGGGUAGAAUAUGGAAUACGAAUUCUAAGAGGAAGUUUGUUCGGAGCGAUGAGAUUAUGACGAGAGCGGACAAGGCAUCUGAGUGCAAGUCUGUCAGUCCGAUGUAUGAUGUUAUGUAGAUGGAACGACACUAGUACUAUCUAUCAAACAUGACACAGAAAUACGCCACACGUACUCUUCAUCUCGCAUACAGUUAAAUCGGUUUAGUUAUUUACAU